GAAAGCAAGUAUCUUUGAUUGAUUCUUUACCACAAUUGCACUAACAACACAACAAUCCUAUUACAAGGGAGACGAUCAACUCAGCAUGUCCAACUUUUCCAAGAAUAUGACGCCCUUUGCUUAGUCUAGCUACCCCAAUUCGUCUCCUUUUUACCCUUGUUCCACUGUUAUUCAUUCAUAUUCGACCCACUUCAAAAAAGAUAAAGCUAUCUCAAAAAGGAAACCCAAGAAAAUUAUUGAAAAUUCUAUUAAGAAAUGUUUUUGCUUUUUGGGUUUUAUAAAUAUCAACUUGGUGCUUCAUCUUUUGCUUUGUUUUUUCCAAUCAAAUUAAUGGGUACUUGUGAUUGCCCACUUAAGAUUCUGGGGUUUUCAUCUGUUUUUAAUUACUUUGCAAAACCCAGAAUAGAUUAUGCUUCUUGCUGAGAAUUUGAGAUCAUGAGCUCCACCACAAUUCAAGUUACCAACUCUGCAACUAUGGGAAUAUAUGAAUUACCUAAAGCAAUGAGCAUGUGGAGGGAUACCUCAAAAGCCUUGAUGACUUCCGGUGCAGGUACAUCUUCAAGCACACAGGCGGAAUCUGGACAUGAGAAUAAGUGUGAAUAUGAGUAUGUUUCUCCUGAGAUGAUGGAACCGUCCUUAAGUGUUGAAGAUGCAGCAAGACUUUCUGAGAAGGUUCAAAGGCGUUUGGCACAAAAUCGUGAAGCUGCAAGGAAAAGCCGUAUGAGAAAAAAGGCUUAUGUUCAGGAUUUAGAAAGUUGUCGUUCUAAGCUUGCUCAGUUAGAGCAACAAAUUCAGCAAACUAAACAACAGAACUCGUAUGUUGGGGCUGCAUUACAUGCUAAUCUUGGAUUUGCAGGACAUAUCAGCACAGGAUUAUCCACAUUUGAAAUGGAAUAUGGACACUGGGUUGAAGAACAAAAUCGGCAGAAUUGUGAACUUAAAAAUGCUCUACAAGCUGAUGUGUCUGAUGUUGAGCUGCGAAUCCUUGUAGAAGGUGGCUUGAAUCACUAUUACAGCCUCUUUCGAAUCAAAGCAGAUGCAGCAAAGGCUGAUGUUUUCUACUUGUUGUCUGGCAUGUGGAGAACAUCAGUUGAGCGGUUCUUUCUCUGGAUUGGAGGAUUCCGGCCAUCUGAUCUCCUAAAUAUUCUUUUGCCACAACUUCAGCCCUUGAGCAAUCAACAAAUGGAAGAAAUUAGUAAACUACAAUAUGCAUCCCGACAAGCUGAGGAGGCCCUGUCAAGAGGGAUGGAUAAACUCCAGCACACUCUAAAUGACAUCAUGUUCACCGAUCCGAUGGCUGUAGAAGUGUACGGCUAUCAGAUGACCUCCGCAUUGGAGAAGUUAGAAGCUAUAGAAGGCUUUGUGAACCAGGCUGACCAUCUGCGUGAGCAAACCCUACAACUAAUGUACCGGAUCCUUGAUCCCCGUCAAGCAGCCAGAGGAUUAGCAGGAUUAGGGGAGUACUUUAGUCGUCUCCGUGCACUCAGUUCACUUUGGGCUGCUCGUCCUCGUGACCCGGGCUAGUGAAAGUGAAGCCUACUGGAGUCAGCUUCUUGGUUACUGUACAUGGAUAAUGGCUGCAUCCGUCAGUCCACAGUUCAACAUGUAUCUAUAAUAGAGCACUUAUUCCUUCCAUCCUUUUUCUUUCCUCUAGAAGUAGUGGAGUUUCUACAAUAACGUUUAGCUUGUAAAUAUGUUUAUGGCGUGUCUAGAAUGAGGAAAAGUUAUGGUGGGUUGGUCGGCAGAUGUACAGUGAGCGAUAUUGAUCAUUGAGGUUGGGCUGUUUUACUUGCUGUACAGAAUCGAUCAAUAUCAAUGAGAGUUGGGCAAUGGUACUUACUACUGAAAAUUUGUUUGAUGACAAUGAACAAGGUGCAUGUAUUGCGCAAAUUUGUAAGUUUUAUCUUUAUUACUUAAGGUAUGUCAAAUGAUAAUUACAUCUUCUUCUA